AUGGACUUCUCACGCAUACUCAGUAUGGACCUCAACUCCUCGAACUCAACCUUGAGUCUUCCUUCCAUACUCAUGGAUGCACUGGUGCCCGGCUAUGGAAAUAUUUCCCAACUCAUUUAUCGUCUCUGUGGCAUCGAUGUCGGUUACGUUGUUUCUGGCUGCCUUGUACUGUUUGGCCUCUUUCACGGAGGGCAAUUUCUCUACAACCAAAGCUUCGACUACAUCGCUUCCUACUUCACCUCAUCGAUAUACAUCGAAGACAACGACAAUCUGUACAGUCAGGUCAUGAAAUGGGUUGCUGAGCAGCGCAUGACCAAAGUCAGUCGAGAUCUCAAGGCCGUCUCCAAGUGGGUGAACAAUUACCAAGACGACGAAGAUGAGCUGGACGACGAUGACUUCGAUGUUCUCGACGAGAAGGGUAUCUUCAACUUUGAGAAGUGGGCUGGCAACAUCCCGCCGCGCUACGAGCCAAACUACGGAAGCGACAGGUUCUAUCACGAUGGACGCUACUUCCAGUUCUCACGCGAGAAGAAAGAGAACAAGUGGAGUAGCGAUGAUGAUGAGUCUCUGGUCAUUCGAUGCUUUGGUCGCAGCACGCAGCCUAUCAAAGACUUGCUCAAUCACGUCAAGAGAUGGACACUUAACAAGGAGAACAAGAUGACUAGUGUCUACCGAGCACCUGCAGAAUCCCACGGCGGCCGUAUGUGGAAUCGUCAGUCCUGUCGUCCGUCCCGGCCAAUGCAUACUGUAUCCCUGGAGCAGCAGCAGAAAGCCAAGAUAGUAAGAGACAUCAACGAAUACUUGCAUCCCGUCACGGCACGCUGGUACGCAUCGCGUGGUAUCCCAUAUCGACGCGGUUAUCUCUUCCAUGGUCCUCCCGGCACUGGAAAGACAUCCUUGUCGUUCGCUCUAGCUGGUAUCUUUGGGCUCCCAGUCUACUGCAUCUCACUCAAUGAGGUCGGUCUUACAGAGUCGGACCUUGGAACCCUGUUUAGCCAGCUUCCCCGCCGCUGCAUCGUACUUCUAGAGGAUAUCGACAGUGCUGGACUGCGCCGCGAUGAUAUGCCAACUGGCAUGGAAGGGACGGAUCCCAUUUCGCCUGCGUCUGAAACUGCUGACGGCUCCGAAGAUGGCCUCACAAAGAUCAGCAAGACGGAUGUCCUAAUCAGUCUCAGCGGGCUGCUGAAUAUCAUCGACGGCGCCGCAUCCCAUGAGGGACGAGUUCUUAUCAUGACGACAAAUUGCCCCGAGAACCUUGAUCCUGCGCUGAUCAGACCAGGCCGUGUGGAUCUUCAAGUGCUCUUCACCCUCGCGACACGCGAGCAGAUACGCGACAUCUUCACACGCAUGUACAGCACGGAAUUCGACGCUGGGGAAGUCAGAAGCAGAGCUAGCAGUACCAAACCCACACCCAAUUCUUCUAAGACGACCAACAGGCAAAAUGACGACCUCCUCGCACUUGUCCGUGCUGAAUCAAGGCUUGACACUAUUGAGCCGGAGAAGCUGGUCGAGAUGGCACAGCAGUUCGCCGAUCAACUACCUGAGGCCAGGUUCUCGCCUGCAGAGAUACAGGGCUACUUGUUGAUGCGAAAGCAGGACCCCACAAAGGCGCUUGCAGAAGUUGGGAAGUGGAGGGACGAGAUACUCGAGUCUAAGCGGAGCGGCAAGAAGGUUGUCAAUGUGUUCAACUGA